AUGCACAAAUUGUUGUUGAUUGCUUUGUGCGUUGCUCCAGCGAGUGCUUUCUUCAACUUGUUCUCUGGACUCUUUGGCGGUGGAUGCUGUAAUCCCUGCGGAGGUUGUGGAGGAGCCCAACAAGCAUUCCCACCUCAACUUGGGUACAAUUCUGCUCCCAGUUACGGGGGAUACAGCUCCGGAUAUUCUCAGUCGCCUGCAUAUGGAAGCUAUGGACAAUCGUCGUAUGGACAAUCAUCGUAUGGGCAAUCACCAUAUGGACAACAAUCAUAUGCUCCGUCUUAUGGAUCCACCUACCAACAAUCCUCUUAUCCAUCCUCCUCAUGGUCUGCUCCCGCUUCCACCUAUUCGUCUCCAUCGAUGAACACUUAUGGAUCUAGCUAUGGGGCAUCGAACUAUGGGGCAUCGAAUUAUGGGGCAUCGAACUAUGGGACAUCGAACUAUGGGGCAUCGAACUAUGGAUCUAGCUAUGGUGCUGCCCCAGCUGUGUCCUCGUAUCCAGCCCCGGCUCCAACCUAUUCGGCUCCUGCCGCCCCUGCCCUUCCUCCACUCCCUCCACCACCCCCAGCCGCCCCACUUCUACAGCCUUCUGUUGGAGCUUAUGCUGCUCCAGCAGUCGCUGCUCCAAGUGCCACUUAUUCGGCUCCAGCACCAGCUCCACUCGCUGCUCCAGCUAGUGCAGGUGGCUACGUGACGGCUCCAGGAAAA